UACAUUUUUUAUAUUUUUUUGCUUUUGUUUUCUUCUAAUUUCUUUCGUUUGUUUGUUUUCCAGUGGCGCGCUGCUCGAGCCGACAGAGUUUGCGGGAGCUUUUUGCAUAAAAACCUGGCGACGUCCAGAGAUUCUGUACAGUUCUCUGGAACUUUGCUUACAAUUAGGUAGGACACUAUACGCAGCGCAGCGCACAGAUUCUGUUGACAGGAAUCAAAGCUAAACCAUGUCGAAGCUAAGCGCCCUAUUCGUGCUCAGCUGCCUGCUGGCCCUGGCCAUGGCCCUGCCAGAGGCACGCCUACAACAGCGACAAUUGCGCCAGCAGCAGCAGAAGCUGCAGCAUCCGUAUCUGUUCUUUAGCGUGCCACGGGGACGCGCCAAUGCUGGCGCCGUGGUGCAGGGCUUCGAGGUUGUUGAGGAUCUCGACGAUGUGGAGAGUGAUGCUGACGAUGAUGAUGAUGAUGAUAAUAAUAAUGAUAACAAAAUGCCACUGCGACGCCUGCAGCACAAUUUGGACGACGACGACGACGAUGAUGAUCAGCAGAUGGCCGAUGACGAUGACGAUGUGGAGUUUGAGCUGCCGUUGCAGCGCGGCUUCGCACGCAACGGCCACAUUGUGCUGCUCAAUGAUGACGACGAUGAGCAGGACGACGAUGACGAGGAGGACACACAUCUGCCCGUGAUGAUGGCCAAGUCGAGUCCGGCGCGCAAGGCGUCCGGCGUUAGCGGCCAGCAGCUGCUGAAGAACGCCAAGCCCACACAGAUGAUGGUGGCCAGAGAUCAGGCCGGCGCCAUCAUGGUGCCCGAUGGCAUCAUCGAGAUCGAGGGCCAAAGCGUCGUCGACGAGAAGACCGGCAAGGCUGCGCUGCUAGUGCCACGCGCCGCUCUCGAUGCCAUUCCCGAUGGCGCCGUUGUCGCCCUCAUGGAGCGCUCAGCCGGCGACGCAAGCGUCGGCGAGGAGCGCGCCAAUCGUGUCAUUGUGCGCCGCCGCAAGAACGGCGGACGCCGCAAUGUCCAGCGACGUCGUCGCGGCGGCCGCCCGGUCCGUCGUCGCGCCGGUGGCCGUCGCCGACGCGGCAACCGUCGCAACGUGCGCGUCAUUCAAGCCGGCGGCAAUCGGCGACGCGGCGGCCAGCGCCGUCGUGCCGGCUUCCAGGGCUAG